GGGUGGAAUAUAAGAUCUUGUAUUACCUAUUCCAUUGUUCUUAUUUUUCUUCUUCUUUCGAAGAUAUGAAUUAUGUGCAUUCGGCCCAAUAGUGAUCAUCCGCGUACAUACUUGUCUGUUCAAUUUAGAAGGCUAUGGCUGUCACUAAUUCUAAUCCUGCCUUAUCUGUGUUGGCACAUCAGCGUUUCGAUGUCGAUGGUGAGAUUGCUCAUGCGGUCAACAACGCCUUAAACGGAGUGAUUGUGGAAGCCAUCCCGCAGAUCAACGCGAUGCUGAAACUAAUGCCGUUCUAA